UUGUCAGCCAUUUCCUCCAUUGAGCCACUGCCAACCAGGCGUCUGUGCGCACACAGUAGCCCAGGAGGCUCCGACUCUCUCCGGCCUUCAAGCAGCUUCAUCGGCCGGCCCCCCUCCCACUCCGGUGCUCACGAACAACCUCGGCAGCAGCAACAGCAGCAGCAAGAAGCCCCGGCUGGAUGAGACACAGUCUCCGGGGUCGGUCGACACCCACCGGUACCAGUGACACUGCCACCGCCACCGCCACCACAAAGCAUCGAGCAUGGCUUUGAAGAUUGUCAAAGGGAGCAUCGAUCGGAUGUUCGAUAAAAACCUUCAGGAUUUAGUACGUGGCAUCAGGAACCACAAGGAAGAUGAGGCCAAGUACAUAUCCACUUGCAUCGACGAGAUCAAACAGGAGCUCAAACAGGACAACAUCGCCGUCAAAGCCAAUGCUGUGUGCAAGCUCACCUACCUUCAGAUGCUGGGCUAUGAUGUCAGCUGGGCCGCGUUCAACAUCGUUGAAGUCAUGAGCUCCUCCAAGUUCACUUACAAGAGGAUCGGCUACUUGGCAGCCUCACAGUGCUUUCAUGAGAGCACUGAUGUCAUCAUGCUGACGACUAAUCAGAUCCGAAAGGAUCUGAGCAGCCCCAACCAGUAUGACACAGGCGUUGCCCUCACGGGCCUCUCUUGCUUCGUCACCCCUGACCUGGCUCGGGACCUGGCCAAUGACAUCAUGACACUGAUGUCUCACACUAAACCCUACAUCAGGAAGAAAGCAGUGCUGAUCAUGUAUAAGGUGUUUCUCAAGUACCCAGAGUCCCUCCGCCCUGCUUUCCCCAGGCUCAAGGAGAAACUUGAAGACCCAGAUCCAGGCGUUCAGUCGGCCGCGGUCAAUGUGAUCUGCGAGCUGGCCCGGAGGAAUCCCAAAAACUACCUGUCGCUGGCACCACUUUUCUUCAAGCUCAUGACCUCCUCCACUAACAAUUGGGUUCUUAUUAAGAUCAUUAAGUUGUUCGGUGCGCUCACUCCUCUGGAGCCCCGCUUGGGGAAGAAGCUGAUUGAACCUCUUACAAACCUAAUUCACAGUACAUCUGCCAUGUCUUUGCUGUACGAGUGUGUGAACACGGUUAUUGCAGUGUUGAUUUCUUUGUCGUCUGGGAUGCCCAACCACAGUGCUAGUAUCCAGCUCUGUGUCCAGAAACUGCGAAUCCUGAUUGAAGACUCUGACCAGAACUUGAAAUACCUGGGCCUUUUGGCCAUGUCCAAAAUCCUGAAGACCCAUCCCAAGUCAGUGCAGAGCCACAAGGACCUCAUCCUGCAGUGUCUGGACGACAAGGAUGAGUCCAUCCGUCUUAGAGCUUUGGACCUACUUUACGGCAUGGUAUCCAAAAAGAACUUGAUGGAGAUUGUGAAGAAACUGAUGCUACAUGUGGACAAAGCGGAGGGAACCACGUACAGGGAUGAACUGCUCACAAAGAUCAUUGACAUCUGUAGCCAGAGCAACUACCAGUAUAUCACGAACUUUGAAUGGUACAUCAGUAUCCUAGUAGAGCUGACCCGAUUAGAGGGCACAAGGCAUGGUCACCUCAUCGCCUCUCAGAUGCUUGAUGUUGCUAUUCGGGUUAAGGCCAUCCGGGUAUUCGCUGUGGCCCAAAUGGCCACCCUGCUGGACAACGCUCACCUGUUAACUGGCAACAUGCAGAGAAAUGGCAUCUGUGAAGUUUUGUACGCGGCAGCAUGGAUCUGCGGCGAGUUCUCAGAACAUCUGGAGAACCCGUUGCAGACGCUAGAAGCCAUGCUGCGGCCAAAGGUGGCCACCUUGCCGGGCCACAUCCAGGCCGUGUACGUGCAGAACGCCGCCAAGCUGUUCGCCACUGUGCUGCAGAGUCAAAACGACAACACAGACGGUACAACUGCGCAAGAAACCAGCCAGCUAAUGAUAGACCGCCUGCCGCUUUUUGUCCAGAGCGCCAACCUGGAGGUGCAGGAGAGGGCAUCUUGCAUCCUGCAGCUGGUGAAAUACAUCCAGAAACUGCAGCAGAAGGAUGUAGAGGUAGCGGAGGAAGUGAUUGCACUGUUUGCCGGAGAACUCAACCCUGUAGCUCCCAAGGCACAGAAGAAAGUGCCUGUCCCUGAGGGUCUGGACCUGGAUGCCUGGAUCAACGAGCCUCCAUCUGAGAGCGAGUCUGAGGAUGAGCAACCCAAGGCUAUUUUUACCAAGGAGGAGCCCAAACAUUCCCGGCCCAGACACACAGAGGUGGACGAGAAGGAGCUGGCGAGGAGAAGAGAAGCCAGGAAACAAGAGCAAGCCAACAACCCCUUUUACAUCAAGGCCUCGCCAUCCUCUCAGAAGGUGUACCAGGACCCCCCUGGAGUGGAGCACAUCCCAGUCGUUCAGAUUGACCUGAGUGUGCCUCUUAAAGUGCCAGGCCUGCCUAUGUCCGACCAAUACGUGAAGCUGGAGGAGGAGCGUCGGCAGAAGGAGAGAGCCGACAAGAAAAAGAAGGAGAAGAAAAAAAAGAGAGAAAAGCGCAGUGGACGGGGGAAGAAACACGACUCUGGCCCGGAGAGCGAGGAGGACAUCACACCGGCGCACAUGGUCGACAUCGUCACAGAGGAGAUGCCAGAGAAUGCCUUACCCAGUGAUGAGGACGACAAAGAUCCUAAUGACCCUCACAAAGCCCUGGACAUCGACCUGGACAACUUGGUGGAAAUGGCUGGGCACAGGCCUCUUGCAGACGGAGACAAGUUGCCAGUCAGGUCCCACCGCCUGACAGAGGGUCCGAAAAGCCCAGAUAGAGAUGCGGAAACCACCUUGGAGGAAGCCAAGAAGAGGAGCAGCAAAGAGAAGAAGGAGAAAAAGAAAGAUAAAGAGAGGGAUAGGAAGAAGAGCAAAGAAGAGAAAAAAAAGAAAAAACACAAACAUGAAGAUAAGGGGGUGGAUCUUCUUGGCAAUCAGUCAGACGGGCCUGUCAUCCAAUCAGAGGGACCCAGUGAGGCGGUGGCUCCUCCCACUUCGACCACUGCUGAAGUUUCGGAUUUGGAUUUUUGGCUCUCAAAUGCUCCAGUGCCCGCUAAUGCCCAGGAAUCAAUAACGGUAGCAGCAGAAGCAGCCACAGUAAGCGAGGCAGCUUCUGGCACGGCUCCGAACUCAGAUCCCGACGAGCCCAAAGACGUGGAGACGGAAGAGUCUAAGUCAUCUAAACACAAGAAGAAGAAGCAGAGAAAGGAGAAGGAUGAGAAGGACAAGAAAAAGAAGAAGCACCACCAUCACCACCACAGUGAUGCAGCUGGAGAGGGUUCUGUGCAGAACGGCACAGUGGAGGAUGAAGAACCUCUCCCACCCAUGUCCAAUUACUGCCUCCUAGCAGAGAACUCUUACAUCAAGAUGAUGAUGGAAGAUGCAGAUCAGGUGUAUGAUAUCCAGGGGAACCUACAAGAUGGGAGCCAGGUGGUGGUGUCGGUCAUCUUCGAGAACAAGUGCGACAGCUUCCUAAAAUCCAUGGAGUUCAACGUGCUAGACUCUCUCAACUCCAAGCUGCAGAGGCCGGAGGGAGCGGGUGCGCACGACGGCCUAACUGUUCCCUUCCAGCUCCCGCCUGGAGUGUCCAAUGAAGCGCGCUUUGUGUUCACCGUGCAGAGCAUCGUGAUGCCACAAAAACUGAAGGGAACACUCACUUUCAUUGUCAAGAAUGAAGACUCCUCAACUCAUGAGAAACUGGACUUCAAACUGCACUUUACUUGUACCUCGUACCUAAUUACCACUCCAUGCUACAGCGAUGCAUUUGCAAAGCUGUUGGAAUCUGGGGACCUGAAGGGCAGCUCUGUCAAAUUGGAAGGCGUCAACAUGCCCUUCCACCACCUUCUGGCCAGGAUCUGCUUCCAUCACCACUUCUCUGUUGUGGAGAGGGUCGACUGCUGCGCCUCCAUGUACAGCAGGUCUAUCCAGGGUCACCAUGUUUGUCUGCUCGUCAAAACCUCUGACCAGACGGUGUCCAUCGAUGCCAAAUGUGACGAGCCUGGGCUGCUUGGGAAUGUGCUGGAUGAGAUCAAGCUGACCUUCUCUCAGUGCUGAUUGUGUCCAACAUCCUCCUUCCCUUCCUCCCUCGUCACUAACAUACAUCAUGAAAACGUUAAAAACACUGCGGCUGGCACUUCCGCCGUCGCCCUAUUUAUUCAUCUGCCCUCCUCCUCCUCUUCUGCGCCUUUUGCUUUUCUGUCGGCAACAGUCUUGAGCACACUUGAUGUUUUACAGACUCGCCGUGUACUCUUGCCGUCUUCUACUGCAAUGCACUUUUCCAUUUCCUCUCUACUGAGCUCCUGGAUGUCACUCUUCCUCCGCUUUCCCUCCACUGUCAAUCUGUGACAGUCAUGUGGCGUAACGUUGACAACUGGACUUUUGCUGUUGAUGGUUGAAUCGCGUUUUUACUGUUUUUGAACUAUUUUGUCAUUUGUGUGUAUUUUUUCUGUCUGAACGCCUGUUUGCGCCUUCUAUUUGUGUGUGUGUAUUUCUAAACAUCCGGUUGCUGUUUCGGCCUUGGAACCAUGUGACUGUCUCUUUCUGAAAAUGAAAACAGAAGAACUCAUUCCCCCCCUGCCUGGUCUCCUCUGACCCUAAUGCCUGCAGUAGAUCAGACACAGAGGCAACUUACACUACUCAUAAAGGUGAGUGCUAUUGGGCUUUCGGGUGAAAUUUCAGGAUUAACCUCAAAUGCAAUAUUACCUUUACUGGUGAAUUUAAUUUGACCUUGUUUGACCUUUUGAAUGUCCCACUGAUCUAUGUUCAUGAAAUGUACCUUUUGCACAAUUUGCUGUUCUUUAACAAGGAGCUCAAUGGCACAAUUCGUAACUGAAACAUUGAGCAGUUGGACGUGCAUUCAAAUGUUUCGAGUAGGUCGAAUUAAGUUUACCUGUAAAGGUUAUAGUGCAUUUUAGGUUCAUCCUGAAAUUGCAUCCGAAAGCCCAAUAUCCCUAACAUUUUGAGAGUAGCAUAUAAGGCACGGUUCUUGUUCCAAUCACUGACACGGCUCAGGAUGUACAAUCACUCCUGCCCUGGCUCCUUUUGCCCAAUGAAAGAAUCAAAGAAACUUUGUAAAAAAAUAAAUAAAUGAAAAAAUAGGACCAAAAUGGAGGGACACUUGAACACACGCAUCCUCAAAUAGUGACUGUGUGUGUGUGUGUGUGUGUGUGUGUUGUACACUUAAAACUAUGAUGCCCAAACAUUUUUACCAGUAAUCUUUUCAAACUCAUCUUAUAUUACCCUUAAAAAUAAAAAAUGGUGCAGAAAAACCACCAGAAGUGCAUGUGUACAUGCACAUGCGACGAUGACUCUCGUAACUUCUUUCACUAACUACCCAUGUUAAACUCGGCUCCUCCCUGAUGAAAUUUGUUUCUCGGUCGAGCUGUGUCACUUCGACAUAGUUCAUUGGUACCAAAAUGCCAAAAGAUGGCGCCGAAGCCCCAGCUAAUAGAAAAGUGGUAUUACAUUUCUUUUCGACAGGACUUUGCCCAUCUUUGGCUGUUCAAAAUAUAUUUUUUUUGUUUUCAGCUAAGAACAAAAUAGGCUCAAAAUUAAAUCUGCGAUUAGCAAACAGCAUAUAGGCGAGGGAACAGUAUAGAUGCAUUUGAGAUUCCUAGGGUGCCGAUGGUCCUUAUUUGUAUCUCGAGAGGCAUUUGUGAUUAAUCAUUACUACAGGCCAACUUAUUUUCCAAAUGUAUCACUACACAAUGAAUAGUAUUUGGCACCACAGGCUCUGUCCUCUUGUGCGCCUGAGUUGGAUUUCCAUUUAUGUCACAGCAGGCCAAACUGGUCUCAGCCUAAAUCUCUGAAGUAGCAAGCUGAAGACCACCCGUCUGUUGUGACGAUGUGUGUUUGUCCACCAUUCCGAAAACUUUUUCUGACUACGUGUGGUCAGCUGUAAAUUGCAGAAAUGUCCAUAGAAAAUAUGUUUACCUGUUCCUGACAAUGACUUAUCAGUGGGGCAUCUCCCUCAAUUGAUUGUCACCUAUUUCUGAUCAUUAUGUUGUUGGAUUACAAUUUGUAUAUUGCAUGAUUUAGGAAUGUACACUUUUUAUGAACAUUUUUUUCCUUCCAUGGACAUUUUCAUCCGAUUGUCAUUCUGUUUUGUCCUUUUUUCUUUUUUUCUUUUUUUUUAAAAAUGCGGUAUACUUGGACCAUUAUGGUUUAGUUUUUUAUGCUUUCUAAGUCUUGGGGGGUGGGGGUCGAUGAAGUAAAUUUAAAUUAAAGGGGCAGGGGAAGGGUGGAUUUUAAUAGAAAUCAGGAUGCUGAGGGCAUUGGGGGCUCCCAUUUAAGAACAGGUCAUGUGAUGCAGUUUACUGAGGGUCUACCCGUCUUAAUUCUUUCUCGGUUCGGCCGUAGUGUUCUUUUUAUAACAACAUAUGAUUUUGGCUCGUGACGUUGAAAGUAUAUUCUCCACACCACAGAUUUCCAAAGGUACCGUCGUCUUGUUUCUCCAUACUUUCUCCAUACUGUACAAUAUCAUGCGUUUCAAAAGGGGGACGUGAAUGAUCUUCAUUCCCUGUAAAGAUUACCCUACUUAAAGUGAAAAUAAAAGCUAUAAGAUGCUA